AAAAAAGUUCACUCUGGCCAUUCAUUUUUAUUUUUGGUAAACAAAAAAUUUUAUUAGUCUCAAUUGUUUCCUUUUUAGUUUUGAAAAUUAAAUUAAGUAUGCCUUGCAGAUGUAAAAUUUUCAUUGGUUAAAUGAAUGCAGUCACUGGCCCGCUCUCACUCUGACUACAUUCACAUUCACCUGUUCCGUUCCGUUCCGCUCCCCUUCUUUCCAACUUAAUUACGUUCACGACCGUUUUUUAUUUUGGUUAGCUUUAGUUGCUGUUUUAUUGUGACUCGCUAAAAACAAAACAAACAAUUGGCGCCAAUUUUUGAAAACUGCGUAUAGAGUUGAUUUCCUCUAAUAAAAAAAACAAACUAUCUAAAAACUUUCGAAAAAAAAAGAAGAAUUUAAACCAUAAAAAAAGGGUUCCCCCGAUCCGUUGACCCGCUGACCCCAUCUGCCUGGUACCCUACUCUACCCCACACACCCCCCUCCAAAACCACCACCCCCCAAAAAAAUCCCAGCAUUCGUGAGACUCUGAUGGCAGCAAGCAAAUUCCCAUCCAGUUCAAAAACAGCCGCCACUCACUUCGAAGCGACAUGUGCGAAGAUCUCGGCCUUUUAUUUUGACCUGGACAACACACUAAUUCCCACAAGAGCCGGCGACUCGAAAGCCAUCAGAAAGCUCACGGAUGUUUUAGAAUCGCAAUACCAAUUCAAUAAGGAUGACGCCGCCCAGGCCACCCAAAACUUUCUCAAGGCCUUCCGCCGUUGCCCGGACAACUCGCAGACCUCGCUGGAUUCGUGGCGCACCCACUUGUGGCGGGAAUCGUUGCCCCAACGCUACAAACACCUCGCCGAACAGAUCUACCCACAGUGGCUUAGAUUGAGAUAUCGCUAUUUGGCAGUGCCACCAGAUUAUGUCCAGUUACUCCUCCGUAUGCGACAGGCCGGAUAUGCCCUGGCAUUGAUAACGAACGGACCGUCGAAUGCCCAGUGGGAGAAGGUAGCGAAGCUUCAUGUCAGGGGCUACUUCGACUGUGUCCUCGUCUCGUCCGAUCUGCCGUGGGAGAAACCGCAUCCGGAGAUCUUCUAUGCGGCCUGCAAUUUCCUCAAUGUCAAGCCGCACGAGUGCGCCAUGAUUGGCGACAAGCUGGAAACAGACAUCAAGGGUGGACACUUGGCCCAGUUGGGACUCACCUUCUGGACGCCGCUGAACAGCAGCAGCUCGGCCGCCCAGUCCCUGGAGGAUGUGGAGUACCGGCCACAUGUCAAGCUGGGCAAUCUCCUGGAGAUGUACAAGUACUUCCCGCGUCUGAACGCCGUCCACCCACCCGACACGCCCACAUCCCUGCGCAGUCGUCGCGGCAGCCAGAUGACCAGCGGUAGCAGUGGCGGAAGUGGCAGCAGCGGUAGUAGCAGUAGUUCCAGUUCCAAUUCGGGAGGCAGCUGUGAACCGGCUGGGAGUUCGCUGCAUCACCAUCAGAGGAGCUAUCAGAGGGUAUAUCGAAGGGGCGGCUCCCUGCCGGCGAUGGACUGCUCCAAUAGCGAGGCGGAGAACAGCUGCGACAGCUUCCUGUAAAUUAAAUGAAACGAUAAGCAAGAUCCAGGAUCAGGAAUCAUAAUGGAAUAUGUACCUUCAGUUUACAAAACUACAAAAAAAAAAAAACAAGGAAAUAUUUAACCUAAAGGAUAUAUUAGAUCAAAAGGGUAGAGGAAGAGUAGAGGAUAGAAGGAUGUCCAGAGCUCUAGAGGAUUGGAGCUCUAGUGGAUUGGAAACUCAUGCAGGAAUUUAAAGUUCAACUAUUAGCGGGGAAGGCCCGGAAGAGUUACGGUGAAUCUCGAUAUCUGCCAUUAAACUAAAAUUAAGGCUAGAAAAGGAUUAAAAAAUGGAUAAAUUAAUAUUGCAAACUGUAGACAGGAUAAUAGCGAACCAAAUCUAUUUUUCUAAGCCAAUUUUCUGUCACAAAUGAUUUUUUUUGUAAAUUAAUACGACAAAACAAGACAAAAAACUACAAAAAACUAAAAAUAAAUAAAGAAAUAUUUAAAUGAUAUUGUAAACUAAACCAAAACACACUAAAAAUAAACCCUUUUUUCAGACACAAAAGUUUAAAAAAAAAACAAGAACAAAGAAACUGCAAGGAAAAAUGAUAUGAUAUUGGAAUGAUAUGAUAUAGAAAAGAUAUAGAAAUGAUAUAUGAUAUUGGAAAGAAAAACAAAAAUGUUAACUAUUGUCUUAGUCGUAGUUAUUAGCUGAUAACAUUAGUUUAGCUGCAGGUUCGAAUCUCUAAAUGAUAUUUGAGCUUGGCAUAUUGUUAUUUGCAUUAAAAACAAAAUAAUUGCAAAAAAACCUUCCCUAUAAACCCCUAUACUUAGUAUAGUUAGAUCCCCCCCCAAAAACCUCUUCCAAAAUUUUUUGAUCCAAAAACCCAUUCCGCUAUCACAUAUUGUUGGUUAUUCCGCACUCACUCACACGAUCGAUGAUAUAUAUAUGGUAUAUGAUAUAUGAUAUAUGAUAUGAUGAAAUAUGAACGAUUUAUGGAUAUGGAUUAUGAAUAUGUCUAUCUGAGCACUCUUGAUCAUGAAUAAUGAGCAAUAAAAUGACACUUGAAAGCCACAAACUA